AUGCUCCGUGACAAGCACGAGUCUGACGCGAGCAGCACCAGCAGUAGUAGUAGCAGCAGCAACAGCAGUGACUCGUCGCGUUCUUCCAGCUCAACGGACGGUCCGAGCGUGUCCCUGUCACUCGUUGAAAGGCCUCAGCAACUCUCAGCGUUUAAGUGCAUUCCUCGUGUGGGUCCAAAAAUGGACUUUUGCGACAGUUUUAAUCGGGACACGAACAAUCAGGACAAGAUGGCUACACGCCAAGCGUCGCUCGUUGCGUGUCAAGAAGAGCCAGAGCACGAGCAAACCCUCAAGUGGCAACCGCCCCUCUCGAGUUGCUCGAUGGAAGAAGGCCCAUUGAUUACGAAGCACGCGGACAAGGCCGCCGUGCCGACAUUUAAACGGCGAAACGUGGGGGUGCCCAAGUUUUUGAGAUUUUUGUUUCAAAUUCUAGAAGAAGAAGAUCCCGUCAUAAUCACGUGGUCACAUGAAGGAACAGCGUUUCAGAUCAACCAGCCGGACGACUUGGCGACUCAGAUCUUACCCAAGUACUUUAAACAUAACAAGGUGUCGAGCUUCCAGCGCCAGUUGAAUUACUUUGGGUUCAAAAAGUGGACCAAGACGCAGACCAAUAUUUGUACCUUCAGUCAUCCCUUCUUCUACCGUGCCGACAAGGACAAGAUGAAGCUCAUUAAACGGAAAGAACGAGCACAUGCAGCAGCUGCUUCGGGCUUUUCAGCUCCGUUGACGACCACGAUCGAUCUGGAAUCCAUUGAUGAUUCAAAGACAAGCCACGACCACGAACUCGCUCCAGGACCGAUUCAGGUUCCUUUUGAAGCUUACGAUCUAGCUGGCUGCCCACAGAGUCAGCUACCAACGCAGCAAGCACUAAAGAGACAAAAGUCCACGACUCUUUCUGGUGCAACGGUGACGUUCCUGAAGUCAGGAGCUGCUGGACGUCGUCACUCGACAGGAAUGCUCCCUGGCUCAGAAGCUUUGGGCUUGGCUGCAGCAGCAGCGGCUGCUGCUGCUUCGGGGGCAGCACCUUCAGCUAUAGCAGACAAUUUUGUACUAGGACGUAAGCGCGUUGGAACACCCGCAGAACAGGAGUUUGAGCUGGAGAUGGAGGCUCGAUCGCACGUAGUGACGAACUCACCGCCAGGGCCACAGAUGUCCGUGCACAUGAGAAAAAUUGUGGAGCACCAAGAGCUGUCGCAGCAUUAUUCGUAUCCUCCUGCUCAGGGGAAAUGGCAGAGUCUUCCUCACGUUUUGGCUCCAGGCUUUGGGAAUGCUUUUGGCAUCGGCAUGAAUAACAGUGUAAAUGGAAUGGGAGGUGGCAAUUUUGGGGCUCGCAGCGCCAAUAUACUCAGUCGACGCAGGAGUGACCAGGGUCGAGCCGACCAUGACAAUUUUGACACUGCUUUGGGCAACGGAUGUAGCCGGUUGGAGAACUUGAUGUCGUCCUCGUCGAAAUCAGCAUUUCAGCAGACGGCAGUCCUUCCCAUUUCGUCUGAAUUGGCUCACAAUGCGGAUCUGCAGCAGCAGUGGCAAAUACGACUACAAGGUGGUCAGCAACAACAAUCGGGCAGAGUGACUGGAUACGGCGUCAAGUCUCGCUCUAGCAGCGAAUGGUCAGCUUCCAUGAAGUCUGAAGACAACAACGGAUGGCUAACAUCGAUUAAUACGAAUGCAGGCUCGGUCGGAAGCUCACUGUAUGCGACUCACUCACAGAGUCGUACGAUGCCAAUGUCUUUCUUGCCAAGAGGCUCAAGUGCACCAUCUAUAGUCGAUCCGUCUUUUCACGGUAGCGCGUCAAUGGAUCAUCUGCACACAGCGUCUGCAGAUGACAGGAAGCUUCAGCUACGUGCUCUCAUGUCUCAUCCCCACGACAAUCACUUUCAUCAACAUCAAGCGACUGCUUACCAACCGCAAGAAAAGCAGCACGAGAAAAAAGAACCACAGUUGAUGAUUCAGCACCCCCGUGACUAUAUUGACGUGCUGCUGGAAAACGCUGGGCUGGACGAUGGUCUCACUUCACAAAGCUCAACGAUGCUUUCGUCCGAGUUGUGGAACGCGCACUCAGAAAGUGAGUCUCGAUGCUCAGGGUCAACGGGGUCUUUCGCAUUUAUGCAGCCACAACAAAACGGUAUGCAGCAGCUCCAAUUGUCUCCGAUGGGAGAGAUGUCAAACCAGCCCAACCAGCGUUUCUAA